UCCGUUCACUCAUUCACUCUCUCACUCACUUACUCGGUCAGUUCAGUUCUUUGUCGUGGAUUGCGCACGCGUCGAUCGCUAACAAAACACGGCUGUUGUUUAUUUUAUUUUUUGCAAAACCGAAUAACAAAAUGACCGGUUCCACUAUACCAUAUGACAAUAUGUCAACGCCUUCGAAGCCGCUGCCUUUCUUCACAAAAUGCUGUUUCUGCAUACCAUUAAGAAUCGGAUGCUUCAUUUUGGGAUAUUUUAGUUUGGUCAUCAAAACGGUACACACCAUCACGCUCAUCGGUUUCACCGCAUACUUCGGCUACACGACUCACGGCUUCGAUCACUUCGACAGACCAAAUGAUAUGGAUGAGCGACGAGUGGCCGAGCUGGACAUCAUGGAGAAGCCUAUCCUGAAGAGAAUCGAGUUAUUCUUUGCGAUCGCGCUUUUGGCAAACUUUAUCUGGUUGUUUGUCAAUAUUGCCUGCUUGGUUGGACUACAUAAGCGGCGCCCCGGUCCUGUCCGUCUCUACGUCUCAUUCGCUACGUUCAAGCUAAUUCUGUCUCUAGUUGGAAUCAUUUCUCUCAUGGGAACUGACUUGACGCGUGUUCUGACUGCUAUAUUCGAGAUGUUUACAUUUGUACUCGCUGCAUACUUCAUCCUGGUCUAUUACGUAUACGCCAUGCAAUUAGAACGCGAGGAAUUCGAGAGACAAUCGAACAUCACAUUUGAACAUGUAAAGACCAUAGGCGACAUCUAUCCGACCAAACUUGAUAAACAGAAUCUUGUUGCUUAAAUUUUAUUAUAGCAAAUAAUUUCAUUUUAAUUGUUUUGGUUUUUUCAUAUAUUAUUAAUCUAU